CGGAACGUUUGUGCGCUGCAAGGAAACAGGACGCGGAAGAAAAUCGGUGUCGCACUGUCUCUGUGGAGUCACAUUGAAGACGAGCGGUCGGUCUCAGGAACAAAAGGACAAGUGACCGGUCAGCACGUUCCUGAUGAUUUGAUGAUCACCAACAAUGUUCACUUCAAAAGUAGUCCCUCGUCUCAGUCUACUACGAAGAGCGUCUUGUGCGCUUCAAGCCCGCGGACACAUUUUAAAUGGGCCGGUUCUUCCCGCUCUGCACUGCUCCUCACUAAAACAGAAACUAAGUAACUACUCGACGGCCGCAGACAACGCAUCUCCUCCUCGAUGGGUCCAACUCGAGCCCGAACUGGACGAGGCUCUGGUGCCGCGUAAACUGUCAGUGAGUCCUCUGGAGAGCUGGCUCUCCCUGCGAUACUCCCUUCCUCCCCUGCUCGAGUCCCCCGGUCUGCAGGAGGAGGACAUAGGGCUGCUGGAAGAGAAGGUGCUGCCGCCUAUCUCCGUCCCCGUCGUGGAGGACGGGGAGGGUUCGGCGACGCCUCUCAGCUGUAAGAAUGUUCUGGAGAUCCGUCGGCGGAAGAUGAACAGGCAUAAAUACAAGAAGCUGCUGAAACGGACUAAGUUCCUGAGGAGGAGAGUGAAAGACGGCAGGGCGAGGAAGAAGCAGAAACGAUUUGAGGAGGAUCUGAAGAAGAUUUGGACACGAGCUGGGCUGAAGAAGGCUCCAGAGGGAUGGAACACGCCGAAGAUCUUCAUGAAACUGCACGGAAACAAAAGGAACUGAGAAACACUUGAGGGUGACUUUAAAGUUUGUGUCACAUCCCUCUCACUCUGCUCCGGCACACUGCAGUUCAACCAAUCACCCCACUCUCUCUUCUUUGCAGCGUCGAGGACAUACUCGCCGUGUGUACAAUUAUUUUUUGACCAAGUGUACAUAAUCUAAUAAAGAUCUUUCUCCUGUCGAGCCAGA